AUGAUGGAAACAGAAAACUAAUAAAUUGGUAAUUAGAUAAAACCAAAGACAACAAUAUUAUGUUCAAUAUGUGAUCUUGCAUUCAUUCCAAGCGAAUAGAAGACAUUAAUUUGCACAAAUUGUAUAAUCAAUUAGACUGAUAUAACAAUUGGGAUAACAAAGGAAGGGAUAGUGAAUUAUUGUAGAUUCUGUCAUCGUUAUUUGAGACCACCUUGGACAUUAUGUGAGAGAGAAUCAAAAGAAUUAUUAAGUAUUUGUUUAAAGAGAUUGAGAGGGUAAAAUGAUUUGAAAUAUAUAUAUAUAGAUUGAAUAAAGUAAAAAUAAUAGAUGCUUCAUUUGUGUAUACAGAACCAAGUUCAAAGAGAAUAAAGGUGAAAUUGACAAUUUAGAAGGAAGUAUUGAAUAAUACAAAUAUGCAAUAAGUAGAACAUUAAAUAUAAAUAAUGAUUAGACAUUUAUAUGUGAAUUUGUAGAACAUUAUUAAUAAUGUGAAGAUUGUAAGAAAGAGUUUACUCCUCAUACUUGGGGAGCAGCAGUAUAAGUUCGUUAGAGAGUGGAUCAUAAAAAAACAUUUUUUUAUUUAGAAUAAUUGUUAUUGAAGUAUAAUGCCAAUGAUAAAGUUUUGAAAAUAGAAUAGGUAGAUGAUGGAUUAGAUUUCUUUUAUAAAACAAGAUCGCAUGCAACCAGAUUGGUAGAGUAUCUAUCAACAAUAUUACCAAUAAGAGUAAAAUAAUCGAAAUAAUUGGUAUCACAUGAUGCAAGUAGCAAUCUCUUUAAUUAUAAAUAUGUUUAUGCUGUAGAUUUACCUAAAGUUUGUAAGGAUGAUUUGGUUAUUCUUCCAUUAAAAUUAUGUAAGGAAUUAGGAGGAGUAGGUAGAGUAUAAUUAUGUUAUAAAUUAACAACUAUUAUUCAUUUAAUAGAUCCAUUAUCGAUGAAAUGUUCUGAUUUAUCUAUUGAGGCAUUUUCUUUAUAUGAAAAUGAGAUUGAAGUAUAUAAUCUUAAAACACAUUAACAUGAAUUUACUGUUAUUGAUGUUGAAAGAAUUCAUACUAGAAAUUUAAAUGAAAGUUACAUAUCAAGUUCAUAAAAUGCAUUCCUACCUAAAUUGACUAAAAUAUCAAUUAUAAGGGAAUCAAAUAAUUAUUUACCAAUAACAAUUAAAAGUCAUUUGGGAGAUAUACUUAAACCAGGAUAGGUGGCUAUUGGAUAUGAUUUAACAUAAAUGACAAUAGAAUCUUUGGAAGAUAUUUCUAAUUAUCCUGAAUGUAUUGUGGUUAAAAGAUAAAUUAAUAAGGAAGCUAGAAAAUUGAGAAUAUUUAAAUUAAAGAGAUUGGAAGCUUAAAAUGUUAUGGAAGAAGAAGGAGCAGAAAGAAAAAGAAAUAAUUGUAUUAUUAUAUUAUAAUUUAUUUAUUUUAGAAAAGAAAUAAAAUGAUUAAGAAGAACAAUUUGAAGAGUUUUUAGAUGAUGUUGAAAAAGAUAAGGAAUUAAGAAAGAAUAUCAAUCUAUAUAGAGAUGAAGAUAAAAUUAAAAAAUUGAGUAAAGAAGACUUAAAAAAGAAAUAAAAAAAACCAGUUUAAUAAUAAUAAAAAAAGAAUAAUGAUGAUGAAUGGUAAGAUGAUGAUGAAGAUGAAGAUGAUAUAAAAUUAGAAGAUUUGAUGAAAGACUUGAAUUUAGAAGAUAAACCUGAAUUAGCUGAACCUGUAGAUGAAGCAUAAGAUGAAAUCAAUUAAUUUAUUACCAAAUUAGAAAAAGUAACUAUAGAAAAAUGA